AUGGAGGCGAAGAGGGAGAUUGAAAAAUCCACCCUCGUGGCUGCGUCCACGGCCAUGAUCUUAUUGGUGUUCGGCGACUGCGACCUCCUCGGCGAGAUCUUCAUCCGCCUCGGGUUCACUACCGACCUCGUCCGCGCCGCCGCCGCCUGCCGGCGCUGGCUCUGGGCCGCCUCCGACCCCACCUUCCUCCGCCGCUUCCGCGACAUCCACCCGCCCCGCCUCCUCGGGUUCUACCUCACCACCUUUAAGACCAAUCAGAGGUUUAGCGUUGACUUCAUCCCACUGCUGCCUCAGCCCCCAGAGCUCGCCGCCGUCGUCCGCCGCGAGAGUUUCAGCUUGGGCUCCUACGUCAGCCGAUCCACGCGCGUCAUGGAUUGCCGGAACGGCAGAGUUGUCGUCAACUUGUUCCGCGACGGCGACUUCACAUACGGAGAGCACAGCCCGCUCCAUCCAGCGAGAGAAUGUGGCAAUGGGCUGUCAUACUUCUGGUUUGAAUUUGAUUAUAGUGAGGUGGAGGAGAAAGCUACAGCCCGUGUAUAUAAGUUGCAAGAUGAUGCCUGGAGCAUGCAAACUUCAGCUACAACACAGAUUUCUGGAUUGUAUUCAUCGACGUUGGCUGCGUUGAGUUUUUUCCUCGUCGAUGACAAGAUCCAUAUGGGGAUCACUGUGCACAACAUUCUUGUGUUAGAUUUGACAUCCUCAACCUUCUCCACAAUCAAGUACCCAGACACAGUUGAGUUUGAUGGAGAUAUUAUGUUGUCACGGACCAAUGAUUCAGGGAUUUGUCUUGUCCAUGUGAGUGAGCUCCAGCUUCAGGUUUGGCUCCACAAGGGUUGUGAUGGCAGCAUGGUGGACUGGUUGCUGGUCAAUAGUAUUUGUUUGCGUGAUUUGUGCACUAAGAUGAAUAUAUCAAAUAGCACCACUGAGGAUGAUGAUGAUGAUGAUGAUGAUGUUUUCAUACAUGCGGUUGGGGACAAUGCCGAGUUUGUGUUCAUGCAGAUGUAUGGAUGUGUCCUCUACUUGGAUGUUAGGCAUAGUGCACUGCAAAAGGUGUGCAGCAUGACAGAAAGGAAUGCAUGUGUGUCUUCGACCCAUCCCUUUUUGAUGGCCUGGCCUCCCAUCUUCCCUGCACUAGAGGAAUGA